UAUUUCCAUUGUAAUUCUAUCGUCGAAAAACACUAUUCUAACCUCUAAACUAAAGACUUUUUGAAUUGACUAUUGUAAUUUACAAAAAAUGUACAGAAAUGAAAUAAAUUAUGGAUUUGGUGUAACAGAGGGAUUUUGAAGUCUAGGUGUGACCAUUUGAGUUCGGCUACAGGCAGCAUGCUGAGAGCGGUGUCGACGAUUUGUAUCGAGAGCAGAGCGCUUGAGCUGAUCUCCGUCGCCAGGCGGGAUGCCUUCUCUGGCUACCGGCGCGCGCUGCACGCCGCGCCGACACAGCAGCAGCAGCACCAACAGACUGUCCUGAGCGCGGGCCCGCCGCCCCCAGGCCAGCCCUCCGGCGCCCCCGACCAGACCCCCGGCGCCCCCAAGCCGGGCGCGACAGCCGCGCCGCCGCCCCCGCCCCCGCGACCGCCGCCGCCGCCGCGCCGCGCCUGGCCCGCAGCCGCGUUCGCCGUCGCGCUCACCGCCUCGCUCGGCGGGGUUUAUUUCUACCGUAAAACAAAGAACGACGAAGUCGGGAAUGUGCCCGUGACCGAAGAAGGGAGCAAGAGCGUGCAGGAGGAGGAGGAUCCGCCAGUGCCCGCCAGCGGGGAGGCGUUCCCCGAGUACGUGGAGUACCUGCUGGUGGGCGGCGGCACGGCGUCGUUCGCGGCCAUGCGCGCCAUCCGCUCGGCGCGGCCCGAGGCCCGCGUGCUGCUGGUGGGCGAGGAGGCCGCGCUGCCCUACAUGCGGCCGCCGCUCAGCAAGGAGCUGUGGCGCGAGCCCGACCUGGCGGCCCGCGCGCGCCGCCCCGACGAGCUCACGUUCCGCCAGUGGAACGGCAAGCGGCGGCCCGUGGUGUACGAGCCCGCCGCCUUCUACACGCCCGUGGAGCGGCUGGCGGCCAGCGAGCACGGCGGCGCGGCCGUGGCGCGCGGCUGGCGCGUGGCGCGCCUGGACGUGGCGCGCCACGAGGCGCAGCUCACGGCGCCGGGCCGCGCGCCGCGCGCGCUGCGCUACGGCCGCGCGCUGCUGGCGCCGGGCGCGCGGCCGCGCCGCCUGCCCGCGCUGCGCGCCGCGGCCGCGGCCGGCCGCUCGCUGGCGCUGCGCGGCCUGCGCGACGCCGCGCGCCUGGCGCAGGCGCUGGACGAGCCGCGCCUGCGCACCGUGGCCGUGCUGGGCGGCGGCUUCCUGGCCACCGAGCUCAGCGCCGCGCUCGCCGACCGACUGCGCGGCAGCGGCAAGCGGGUGGUGCAGGUGAUGGGCGAGCACGCGCCCAUGGCGGGCGUGCUGCCGCAGUACCUGGCGCAGGACGCGGCGCGGCGGCUGCAGGAGGCCGGCGUCACGCUGCUCACCGGGGAGGAGGUGGUGGAGAGCACGCUGGACGCGGGCGGCGGAGUGCGCAUGCGCCUGUCGUCGGGCGCGCCGCUGGAGGCCGAGCUGGUGGUGGAGGCCGUGGGCUCGGAGGUGGACCCGGAGUUGGCGGCGGCCUCGCAGCUGGAGACGCACCCCGAGCUGGGCGGGCUGCUGGUCAACGCCGAGCUGCAGGCGCGGGCCGACGUGUGGGCCGCCGGCGACGCCGCCUGCUUCUACGACGUGGUGCUGGGCCGACGCCGCGUGGAGCACCACGACCACGCCGUGGUGUCGGGUCGCCUGGCGGGCCACAACAUGGCCGCCACGCAGCCCCCGCAGCACUACACGCACCAGAGCAUGUUCUGGAGUGACCUGGGCCCGCAGCUCGGCUACGAGGCCAUCGGCAUCAUCGACUCGCGGUUGCCCACGGUGGGCAUCUUCUCGGCGGAUGCGGUGGUGGAGACGGGGCUCGCGCGCGCGGCGGAGCCCGAGCCCGCGGCGGAGCCCGCGGCCGAGCCCGGCGAGACGGAGGCCCGGCGCUACGAGCGCGGCGUGGUGUUCUACCUGCGCGGGCAGCGCGUGGUCGGCGUGCUGCUAUGGAACCUAUUCAACCGCAUGCACGUAGCGCGCCAGGUGCUGGCGCAGGGCGAGUUCGAGGACCUGUUCGAGGUGGGCAAGCUGUUCGCGCCGCACGAGGAGGAGUGACGUCACUAGAACGUAGCGAGCAUUUAAUACUUUUUAGGUAAAAUAAAAAUAAUGGAUUACGGUUG